AUGAUGCCAUAUCGGGUGAUUGUUGAUCAUCUGGUGGAGAUGUCAUCCAAAAUUAGUGCAAAGAAGACGCUAUCGUCGUCUCUGAUUAGGUUACUUCCCGAAGACGUCAUCGUUGACAUCUUAGCACGUGUACCUAGAUGCGACUAUCCAACACUCUCCCUUGUUUCAAAACACUUCCGAUCACUCGUUGCGUCCCGUGAGCUAUACGCAAGACGAUCCUUGUUGGGUUGCACGAAACACUGUGUCUAUGUUCUCCUCUUUAACGGAGAAACUGGUGAAGACCGAUGGUAUAUUCUCCGCCAGAAAGCCGAGGGCAAUCGCCGCUUGGUCCUUAUCCCUUCGCUUUCUGUUAUGCCUUACGGUGGAAGCUUUGUCGCCGUGGGUUCAAGGAUAUAUAUGUUUGGUGGGGACCAGAAUAAUAUGGCGUUAAGCAUCGACUGCAGAUCUCACACGGUGCAAACCCUCCAAAGCAUGCCUGUGCCCAUGUCUUAUAUAAUCGCUAACAUCAUCCACGAGAGAAUCUACGUAAUUGGAAAUAAUGAAUCGAAGAAGGUGAUGGUGGUGUUUAAUACAGAAACACAAACGUGGGAGCCUGAGGUGAUAAAGAUAGACAUUGAUCUAGGUGACAUGUGGCCUCGUUGUGUGGUGAUGGCUCAUAAGCUGUACAUGAGGGAUUCUCAUAACAGCUUUGUUUACGAGCCAAAGAAGAGCAAAUGGAAAAGGGACGAGAUGUUGAAUUCUAAGAAGUGGUGGAAUGCGUGUGUAGUUGAUGACGUAUUGUACUACUACAAUGGGGUCAAAAAGGAGAUAAGAGCUUAUGAUCCAAAGCAAAGGUGUUGGAGAGUGGUGAAAGGUUUGGAAGAGUUGUCUAAGAGGACAUAUUCAUGGCUUUCAAGUACUGUGAGUUACGGUGGGAAACUGGUUUUGUUUUUUCGUAAAAGAUUCGGUUGGACGAUUUGUUGUGCGGAGGUUUCUCUAGAAAAACACCAAGGAGGAGAGAUUUGGGGUAAAGUUGAGUGGUGUGAUCAUGUUUUUACUGGUGUAAAUUUAUAUUGGAAUAAAGCUUUAGCUGUUGUAGUUUGA